AGCUGAGAAUCUCUUUCAACUCCCUUUCGCUGUAGUCUCGUAAAACUGCCGCGAGAAUAAGUCCCCAUUCCAGUCGUUCCAAGCUUCAUUUCCUCUCCAUCUCUGCAAAAAACCUUACAAAAACCCUCAUUUUCCAAAACCGCCUCCAUUCCCAAAUCCCUUCCGCCAUGGAUGAGGUCUGCGAAGGAAAAGACUUCUCCUUCCCGAAGCAAGAAGAGAAGAUACUUCAGAUGUGGGAAGACAUCUCCGCCUUUGAGAACCAGCUCAAACGCACGGAAUCCAUGCCCGAGUACGUCUUCUACGAUGGCCCGCCCUUCGCCACGGGCCUGCCGCACUACGGUCACAUCCUCGCCGGCACCAUCAAGGACAUCGUCACCCGCUACCAGACGAUGAUCGGCCACCACGUCACCCGUCGGUUUGGGUGGGACUGCCACGGUCUGCCCAUCGAGUUUGAGAUCGAUACCAAGCUGGGGAUCAAGAGCCGGGAUGAUGUGCUCGCGAUGGGGAUCGGGAAUUACAAUGAGGAGUGCAGGAGCAUCGUCACGAGAUAUGUUGAGGAGUGGGAGAAGAUUGUCGCUAGGACGGGGAGGUGGAUCGAUUUCAAGAACGGCUACAAGACAAUGGAUCCAUGGUACAUGGAAAGCUUGUGGUGGGUUUUCUCAAAGCUCUACGAGAAGGGCCUGGUGUAUAGGGGGUUCAAGGUUAUGCCAUACAGCACUGGCUGCAAAACACCACUUUCGAAUUUCGAAGCUGGGUUGAACUAUAAGGAAGUAGAUGACCCUGCAAUCAUGGUUUCCUUUCCAAUAGUUGAUGAUCCAGAUAAUGCAGCUCUUGUGGCGUGGACGACAACACCAUGGACUCUUCCUAGCAAUCUCGCUCUUUGCGUCAAUGCAGAUUUUGUCUAUGUAAAGGUCAGUUACAUCCAUUUUCGUGAUUACAUGUUACAUGUAAAUUUUGUGUGAGGAGUGGUCUCUUUG